CAAAUAAUAAAGAAUCCACGGAUUCUCGCACCCAUGGACACUUAGUAAAGCGGCACACUGUUGCGACAAGAACAAAUUUGACCUUUUUUCAAACUAACAGUUUCAUUCUAAGAGUUCAAGAAAAAUCAAUUUGUUGAACAAUGCGCGAGUACGAUUCGAGCAAGAAAAGAUCGCGGAGUGCCCUAAGCUGCAGCAGCAGUGCAGCUACAAGACAGACAAAAAACGCCAACCGAAGGCUGUUUUCUGCCGCCGUCCUAGCAUUGGCGACUCUCGUCGUGAAUUUCAAUUUCGAUGGCGCUUGCCCCACUGUGAAUGCGUUCACACCAACAUCUACGGGGGUAUCUUCCGUAUCCACCGGAUCCGCAUCUACCAAGAACACCAUCCACAAAGAUAAUCUUGCAACAAGGAUAUAUCCGUCGUCAACAAACAGGCGACAAGCCCGCCAGCAAUUGAUAGGGUCGUCAUCGCGAGGUGUGUCCUCGACAGCCAUAGACGAUGAAUCGACCGCUACAAACAUCUCUAGAAAUCGAAACCCAUCUACAUCUUUGUCGUCAGCGACGUCUCCCAUUCUGAACCACCAGAGAAGGAGUCGGGUGAGAGCCGCCAAUGCCGCAAAAAACUUUCUCGUCGUCGAAAACGACGACCAAUACUCAACGUUCAACCACAAAAGAAAUAAGAACGAUAUCAAACGCAAAAGGAAUAAAAGAAUCAACAGUCAAAACAAUGGACUGGAGGUUCAAGUGGUCCUGAAUGACGACAUCGUUGGAAUUCCCUCAAAAAGGAGCGCCACGACAAGUCGAAGCCGGAAUACGAAAAUGACUCGUCCCAAGAGCCGCAUCAGUAGCCCUCAAAGGCAAGCGCGGCUGAGAAUGAAGAAAGCUAACAAAUCGAAAACCGCAUCGACACCCCUCCUGACAAGGGACGAGGAACGGCAAAUCACCUAUAAAAUUCGAGAUUUGCGGCGUGUAGUGCAAAUUCGUGACGAGUUGAUCCAAGAAAAGCAGGAAUGGUCCUCUCUUCGCCCCUCCUUUGACAUCGACGCGUACAACGAUGACUUUCCAACGGAAAACGAUUGGGCCAGAGCAUGUGACCUGGACGUUUCGGAGCUGCGAAAGGUCAUGGACGAGGGACAAGAAUCCCGAUCUCUAUUAGUGUCGGCCAAUGCAGGUUUGGUCACCUCCAUCGCCAAACGUCACUACCACGUCCUAAAACAGAUGACGAAUGCCGGAGGAGGGGUUGGGACCAUUUUGACCCUACAAGACAUGAUUCAAGAGGGGAAUCUUGGGUUGAUGAAGGCCGCCGAACGGUUCGAACCGGAGAGGGGAUGGAGGUUUAGUACCUACGCCACCUAUUGGAUUCGGCAGCGGAUUCUCCAAUCGAUCACUGAUACGUCCAGAGUAAUCCGUUUGCCAGCACAUGGUAUGUAGCGGAAAAGAAUCAAUACCCAUGAGUCGUUCUGAACCAAUUUUGCCUUUUCGAGACUCACAUUUUUUGAAACAAUGAAUUUUGUGGUUUCCUUACUUUCUUCCGCAUUUUAGUCACUGCCACUCUUCAAAAAUUCAACAAAGCAAGAAGAGAAAUGGCGGCUGAAAUCGGACGAAUGCCUUCCGAUGCUGAACUCGCGCACUAUAUGGAGAUUCCAGUCGAGAAGUUGCGUAAGAUCAACGAAAAAGCAAGGUCCGUUGUUUCACUUGAAUCUCCUCUCCGAGUGGGCAGCAACCACAAAGCCGAAGUGGAUCGGCGGACAAUUGGAGAUUUUAUCGCAUCUGACGCUCCCACGCCAGAGGAAGACGCACAGCAGAAAUCACUCCAGAGGGAUAUUCGGGCCGUCGUCAACGAAUUGGCAGACCGGGAACGCGAGGUCUUGAUCAUGCGGUUUGGUUUGGAUAGCGGGGAUCCCAUGUCGACAAGUCAAACGGCAACCCAGCUGGGAAUUACCACGGAUCGGGUGCGGUAUAUAGAAACACGGGCCCUGAACAAGCUGCGCAGUCCACAACGUAAUUACCGGCUGAAGGACUACCUGGGCGACGGCCACCAUGCGGCCGUGGACAACAAGCGAAAAGCAAAACUCUCGGGGCUCAAUUCGCAAAUACCUGAUUCGAAACACCGUCGCAGCAACCAAAGCAAGCGGCAGAAGCCCCCUUCUCCUGAAGAAAAGUUCUGGUUCUUUUAAGAAAUAGCAAGCUACAUUAUCUUGACUGCUCAAAAUGUAUAAUAUCUGUAGUUCGGUAUACACAUUUUGCAUGAUCACUGUCUAGCACGUAGGAAAUUUGACAAAGAAUUGAUUUUCUUCGUCAAUUAUCACGAAAGUAAGUCAAACCGAUGCAAAAUAGAAGAUAUCUUUUACG